CAGUUCGCUCCUGGCACUCUGACCCAUCAAGAUGACGAUCGCGACACUCUUCUUCACAUCGUGAUCACUCAUCACGACCUUGCUAAAAUCUAUUCGCUCGUUGAACAACAGUUGAAACUCGACAAUGUCAAAGAUCAGCGACCGUUUGAUGUCCCAAAUCGCUACAAUGAGACUCCGCUAUUUUUAGCUGUUCAACAACAGCUCAAGGAGGUUGUCGCAUACUUGCUGGAAGUUGGUGCAGAUCCUAAUGUUCAAACGCUCCGCCCGGAAAGAGAAGGAGCUCUACAUUAUGCCGCUGCCAGAGGAAUGAAAGAUAUUGUUGAGAUUCUCUGUGCCACACGCGGAUUGCGCAUCAACCAGCUAAAUGGCAGAGGCCAAACAGCCCUUCAUUGUGCAAUCGCCAGCCAUGGAGUGAUCGACGAGCGUUCACAGAAAAUCGUCGACAAUCGUGACAUCAUCGUCACACUUCUCAAAGCUGGAGCCGAUCCAACCCUCGUGGUAUGUGAAAAAGCCUAGAU